AUGGCCCAAUAUAUGCCAAUAACUACAGCAAUUAUUUGGUCAAUGGAACAAAUCUCCUUCUGUAUUGUUGAAAAAGAUCCAUACGUCCUUCGCGUGACCUUUAAUUGCAAUAAGGUCCCCAAGUAUUAUGAUCUUGUGUCCAAAGACUUUGUUGACGAUAAAAGUGGUAUUGCUCAAUGCCCAAAGAAUAAAACAGAGAUUCUAGACUAUUGUCGCAAGGUUUAUAAAGAUUAUGACAUCGUCAAUAUCGUUCAUGAGAAUAUGUAUCAGCACUUUAAUAACUGGUGCGAUAAUGAACGCAAAAUGUGCUAUUUCAGCGGUACAAGUAGGGUUUACCGAUGUGUCGUUGGGCUCUUUUUUGGUCAUGCCGUCUCAGUUCCAGAAGAUAAGCAUUGCAAGUUUGAUUUCGUCAUGAAUCAUACAGGUCCUUGUAAGGAUGAAGAUAUUUGGGUCAAAAUCGCUCAUGACAAGUGCCGUGCGACAGGAAAGAAUAAAGUGAUCCACGAAUACUCUCCGCUAGAAUAUCAAACACCCACUUUAAGUAAAUGUAGCGCUGAUCAAUACCAAGGCAUCCAGUUUAGCUGCUGUAACGCGGACAAACCUAAAUCAAAUCAUUCCCAUCACAUCAAUUUCUUCCCCAACGGUAUAUGUGAUUCCAAAACUUUUAGUCACGUUAGAACUUCACUAUUGAAACGAAGAAAUGAAAAACUACAGCAUACACUAAUGCACUUAAAAAAGAAGGAGAAAGCAUCGCUAUCGCUUCGAAACACUACAGCAAAAAGUUUUCUAUCUGAGACCCAAAAGCUUUUGUUGAUUUUACAUCGGCAACACUACGUAUGCGCCUACAAGGUAAUUAGUAAUAAGAAGAGCAAAAUUUUGGAAGCCUUGACCAAGAUUCUCAACCAAAGUAACAUCAAUAAAGCCAAAUUGAUGAGAGCAGUUGAAAAAGUUAUGCGAGUUUUCGGCCACGAACACCACUUUUUGAUCAGGCAAUUUUCCCAUUUCAAGCAUUUAUCACCAAAGGAAGCACCGAUACGACGCGCUCAAGAUUUAAGGCGUUUACAGAUUAUACAUCAAGCAUUGGCAGAUGUUACCAAUAUUCUACAGCAGUUCCCGGAUCUCCAAAGUAUGGUUCGUAACUUCAAGAAGACUCUUAUUAUACCAGCAUUAAUGUUUCCCCCAACUCACCAUAAUACUGAUGGAAGUAUACCAAACAUGAAACCAGGAAAUAAUCAAAAUCAUAAAGUCCCUGAUCAUGUUGGAAAUACAAAUGGUAUAGGAAACGCUGAUCGCGAACCUGUUCCUGAUACCGAUAAAAUUAGCGAUAAAAAAGGCAUUUCAACAACUGCUAUCGUAAUCAUUGCUGGUGGCUGUGCUAUUAUCCUGGUUGCCACCGUCAUUAUCGCUGCAGUAAUCAUGAAAUCAAACAAGGAACCGGAGAAUCCUAUGAAGGUUCCACUUACCAACGAUUUUGAUCCUAAAGACGAAGUAAAGAUCAAAUGUAACUCUAAAUAUCAAUUUUAUGACCCUAAUAUAUAA